AUGAGACAGACCUCUUGUUUCCGGUCGGUGGUACACUGUUUAAUAUACAACUCGUUAUCCACUCCCAUCGCCAUCCCCAAUUCCCUAGCAGUUGAAGUCACCUUCGACUACAUACCCACCCUCUUCGCCGGCUUGUUGAAUGCUCACGGUCAGCUCGGACCCGCAGAGAUAAAGCCCAAACACAAGUUCGUGUUCAAGGACGCAAUACGCAAGGCCAAAAAGGACCACAAUUUGGACCUAAAGUUCCCGCCAGCACAUCCAUUCAUGCCCCUGCCCUCUCUUCGACUUGCGACUGCUCUGAGGCAGGAUCAGCACCCCCUGUAUUCCACUGUGGUCGAGAAUAUAUACCAUG